UUGGGAUAAUAUAUAUUGAGGCUUUGAGCUUUCUAAUUAUUCUAUUUUGGUCUAAUGAAGUAGAAGAGAUAAUAUAAACUGGAAAUGCAAUUUUCACUACGACACCGUUUCUCACAUAACAGAAAUAACUAACUGAAAGGACGAUUUUCAAAGGCAGAAGCUUGGUGUGAGGCAGAAUUGGGAGCUUGGCAAGAAAGAUAUGGAUAGCGAUGUCAGACAAGAACGAAGAAGAAAAAUCAUGGAGAGAGGGAGUGAUCGCAUGGCUCUCAUCACAGGCCAAGUCAAAACUCUCAGUUCAUCGCCGUCGCUUCCAUCAUCAUCAACUCAACGUCAACAUCAUGCACACACAGAAUCUUCCCCAUCAAUUAUCUUCUCUCCUAAUGAUAAUGCUCAAAUCAAGGCUGGUCCUGAGGAAAAAGAAGAUGACUCUGGUUCCAAGUUCAUGAAAACCAGGACCAUCAAUGAAUAUCCAGGGGCGAGAAACUUCCAUAGAGGAAACCAAGCGGAACCUCGUUUGGUGAAAAGUGCGACAAGUCCUGACUCCAUCACGAAAUUGGAGCAGCAGGCUUCUGGGAUCACACCAUCAGUUGAAAAGGCAUCACCUCCCCCAAAUUUUUUCUCUUCCAAACGGAUAAAUUCCUGCAUUAUAGCUUCUGAGAGAACGCGAGCUAAUUGUUCUCUCAUUAUAGCUUUUCUAGUGGUUAUAUCUUACAUUGAUUAUCCAAUGUUUGGACUUGACAUUCUGAGUUCAGAGAACUUCAUUGCCUCCAGGCCUUUUUACAUAAUCCUGCUAACUGAUGUAACAAUUGUGCUUGCUCAAUUGUUUCGAGAGAAUGGAAAUGACUCUGAGGAGGUUGAGAAAGAAAGAAAUGAAGCUCAGGAAGAAGAAGAUAACUGGGCUAAAGCAGUCAAGAUCUUGGAGAGAGGUUUGGUCCUGUACCAGGCCAUUUGUGGCCUCUUAAUUGAUUGCAGUAUUUAUUUGGUUGUGGUCAUCUGUGGCCUCUCUCUGGUGUAGCUUUGGCUACAAAUAAAAAGGUUGAUUAAUAUAAUUUUAACAUUCUGGCUGCACAUAUACAAUAUCUAGGCAGUGCAGCCAGAAAAUAAUUUUGUUGAGAUCUCUUUUGAUUCAUUUAUAUAUUUUCCCAGUUUCAAUGAACAUUACAUUUUCUUUGGUGUUA